CCGGCCACGCAAUGCUGUCUCUCUUACUGAUCCUCUUAAGUCUGGGCCGGCUGACCUCCACUGACCAUCACUCUGAAGCAUCACUUCUGCAAAUUACAGUGCCAGAGAAGAUUGAGACCAACACCAAGGAUGGCGAUAUGUCAGAAACGCAAGUCACUUAUGCCAUCAAAAUUGACCAACAAACAUAUACUCUCCAUCUUAAAAAACAGUCAUUUUUAGACCCUCAUUUCCUUGUAUAUUCAUACAACAAAUCAGGAACAUUGUAUCCAGAUUCUUCAUUGAUAAAGGGACAUUGCUUUUAUCAAGGACAUGCGGCAGAGAUUCCAAAAUCAGCUGUGACACUUAGUAUUUGUUCUGGACUCAGGGGAUUAUUGCAGUUGGAUAAAGUCAGUUAUGGAAUUGAACCACUGGAAUCUGCAGCCACAUAUGAGCAUAUGCUUUAUCAAAUACAGAAUAAUAAAAUUGAUUUUCUCCCCAUAGAAGAAAAUUAUCCUAUGACCCAGUUGGUAGAUCAGUCUUACAGGAUUCUUGUGAAGCAAGAAGAAAAUUCAGAUGUUGUGCAAUUGAAAAGAACUCUGAAAAUACAAAUUAUUAUGGAUAAAGCCUUGUAUGAUUAUAUGGGCUCUGAAGUGGCAGUUGCAGCUGAGAAAGUUGUUUAUAUCUUCGGUCUUAUCAACACUAUGUUUUCCCAGCUUAAACUGACUGUUAAGUUAACAUCUUUGGAGCUCUGGUCAGAUCAAAAUAAGAUUCCAUCUAAUGGGGAUGCUAAUGAAGUAUUACAAAGAUUUGUGUCAUGGAAAGAAAGAUUUUUGAUUCAAAGGUCCCAUGAUAUGGCAUUCUUAUUAAUUUAUAGGAACUCUCCUAACUAUGUGGGAGCAACAUAUCAUGGAAUGGCAUGUGAUCCAAAGCUUGCUGCAGGGAUUGCUCUGUAUCCGAAGAUGAUAACUUUAGAGGCAUUUUCAGUUGUUAUGGUGCAGUUGCUUGGAAUUAAUCUGGGAUUGACAUAUGAUGACAUCUAUAAUUGUUACUGUCCAGGAACUACAUGCAUUAUGAAUCCUCAAGCAAUACGUUCCCGUGGUGUAAAGUUUUUUAGCAGUUGCAGCAUAGAUGAAUUUAAACAUAUAGUUUCACAGCCUGAAUUUAAAUGUCUUCAGAAUCAAACAAUUUCAAAAGUGAACGUCCAAGGAAGAGAAUCAAGUUGUGGCAAUAGCUUUAAGGAAAGUCAUGAGGAAUGUGAUUGUGGCCUUCCAGAGCAAUGUAGUCAUAAAAAAUGCUGUCAUCCUGAAAAUUGUACUCUGAUCGGCAAGUCAGAAUGUGGCAGUGGACCAUGCUGUGAUAAAAACAGUUGUCAGAUAUCUGAAAGAGGACGUAUAUGUCGGAUAAGCACUAAUCCAUGUGAUUUUACAGAAUUUUGUGAUGGAAAUUCUGAAUUUUGUUUAAAUGAUAUAACUUCUGCUGAUUUUGAAACAUGUAGUAAUAAAACUGCCUUUUGCUAUAAGGGAAGAUGCCGAGAUCCGGAUCGACAGUGUGUGGAGUUGUUUGGAAAAUUUGCUAAAGCUUCUACUUACCUAUGUGCAGAAGAAGUGAAUUUUCUACAAGAUGACUUUGGGAACUGCGAUAAAAACAGGUGUGAUUUUAGACAUACCCUUUGUGGAAAGAUUGUUUGUCACUGGACACAUUCACGUAUAGUACCAAGUACAGAUUUUGAUAUUCAAUAUACUUACCUUGGAGGACAUGUAUGUAUGUCAGGAUAUUUAAGAAAUCAAUCACAAGUACCUACAAGAAAUGAUAAAACAUAUGUAUAUGAUGGCACUAUAUGUGGUGCAAAUAAGAUUUGUGAAGGCGGAUAUUGCAAAUUGAUUUCUGAGCUCCAGAGACAAGAAAACUGUAAUUCACAAAAAAAUUGCAGUGGACAUGGGAUGUGUAACAGUCGAAACAAUUGUCAUUGUGAUGUUGGAUAUGGUCCUCCAAAUUGUGAGCUAAUGCCAUCAUCACCGGGAGGAAGUAUCGAUGAUGGGUAUUGGUCUAUAAUCGGAGGAGGAAAAAUUGCACACAUGCCUGUAAAACGACCUGGUACUCAUCGAAAAAAUGGCCUUUUGAUCAGUUUCUGCAUUUUUCUACCUUUCCUUAUUUUAAUUGCCAUCAUUGCUUUUAAAUGGAAUAAAAUGAGGUUUUGGAAAAGAGAGGGAACAGUAAGUGGAGGAUCUAUAUCAGAAGAUGGCAGUAGUGACAGCAACACGUCAUACACAGAGUUAAAGGUGAAUUGA